AUUGAUUAAGAGUAGAAAUGAAAAAGAGAUAAAGGGGUGAUAAAACUAUACAAAGAGAAAAUGUUGUAGAACAUUAAUUCUAUUGUAUAAUUUGAUAUAAAAAAAAUAGAAACCAAAUGGGCCUAAAUAAUAGAAUGUCAAUUAACUGCCAUAAUAGUACUACUACUUUUUAAACCCUCAAACCCUAAUUUUGCAUUUCACUUGCGUCAUACCGGAGCACCCUUCAGUUUUCCGACGUCUCCGAUCUCAUUCCCUUCCUGUGUGAAAAUGUCGAUUGGAGAGACCGCUUCCUCAUAAGCCCUUCUCAUCCUUGAAGAUGAUUAAAUCUUCCCAACUGUUGCAGUGGAAUUGAAUUAAAAUCGGUGGUGUAUUUGUUAGUAGAGAAGAUGGAGUUUUGCCCAAUGUGUGGGACCAUGUUACAGAUUGAACUCCCGCGUCAUGAUAUCCCCUCAAGAUUCUUUUGUCAUAAUUGCCCUUAUGUUUCUCCCAUCCAGCCAGGGGUUAAGAUUAAGAGUAAGCAAUUACUGGUGAAAAAAGGAAUUGACCCUAUUAUCUCCCAUGAUGACAUGAAGAAUGCACCCACUGCCGAAGUGCCAUGCCCAAAUUGCCGCCAUGAUAAAGCUGCUUAUAUGGAAAUUCAGACUCGUUCAGCUGAUGAACCGGCAACUAUAUUUUACGCGUGCUUGAAUGAAAAGUGUAAACAUCGAUGGAAUGAUUGACAUAUGUAAUACAUUUUUUUUUUAUCAUGGGAUGUAGAAGCUUUUCAUGCCAUUUGUGAUUGGAAUUAUGUGACAGAUAAGAGGGUUUUCUAAUGUUUCAUUUUACUUUUUUGGUUAUGAUUACGAAAAAUUUAUUC